CAUUGUUUCAUUCAUUGACAGACAACCCCCUGUUCAAAUCCAUAAAUUUACAUUAUUUUCAAAGUGAUGAAGCAUAACAGUGACGUUGCAAAUGACAUUCACAUGAUAUGAAUAAAAUCGCUUAUGAAAACAAAGGUUUGGAAGUGUCCUCAAUGUGAAACUCCCCAGGAAAUGCUUUGUAAGCAUCUUACAUAAUGUUGCAACACUUCAUCACACUAUCCUUCACUAAGUAGAAAUUUGUCAGUACAGUUAAGUUCUGCAGGGAUGACAAACUCAGAGAGACUCCUUCUGCAGAUUCUUUGGGACUGGUUGAGAGAACAACAGAGCCUCCUCAGAUCUCCAUUUUUCCCAGUUUUAUUCUCUCUGACCGUUUACCUGAGUUUCUGCUUGCCUUACUUAUGUCUGGAUUUGCUCUGUUCCAGACUGAUCCUGGUACGUUGCUUCAAGAUCCAGCCUCAAAGCAAGGUGACAUGGGCAAAGGCUUGGAGGUGCUUGCGCAAAAUUUUCCACAACCACGUCUGUUUCAUUUUCCCCCUCUCUGUUGUGCACUGGUACUGGAGACCUGUGUUUUUUCCUCCACUGGCACCUGAGAUGCUGUCUGUUGUUAUUAAUGUAUUGGCCUGCCUCCUCCUGUUCGACAUGCAGUUCUUUUUGUGGCAUCUGCUGCAUCACAAGGUGCCCUGGCUCUACCACGUCUUCCACACGGAGCACCACCUCUACACAGCUGCCUUCUCGCUGAUGACAGAAUACACAGGUAUCUGGGAGAUGCUGAGCCUCAGCUUCUUCACAACACUGAACCCUGCACUCCUGGACUGCCAUCCACUCACCGAGAUGCUCUUCUAUGUCACAAACAUGUAUCUGUCUGUGGAGGCUCACUCAGGAUAUGAUUUUCCCUGGUCUCCACAUAGACUGGUGCCCUUCGGCCUCUACGGAGGAGCUCAGCAUCACAACCUUCACCACCUUAAAUCCAAAGUAAACUAUGCGCCGUACUUCACACACUGGGACAGACUGUUUGGCACGCUGCAGAGAUUAGACACACAGAAGAAGUCAAGAAACACAGAGACUUUAAAGAAGUUGUGAUUAUCAGAAUAUGUGAUGGACAUGAUUAUUCUGCUGUUAACCUGCAAGAAAAGCAACUAAGGAAGAAGACUUUGAUUUAACUUUGAUGCUGAAAGAUGCUGAGAAUUUUAGUUUAAGUUAUACUCAACCAAAAAAACCUGUUGUGUUUCAUGCUCAAAAAAUAGGUCCAUAUUUUGAAAAACCAUAUCUGAAUUUUGUCACAGAAUGUGAAAUAAUGAUAUGUUGUUGUGAUACUAUUGUUUUUUUGUAAUUAUCCUUAAUUUUACUGGAUUUAUGAAAUUGAUGAAAUUAUGAAAAAAAAGGAAUCUUUAAGUAUCAAAUUCUCACCUCUGUGUAUGUGGAGCCCCAAAACCAACAACAAGUGGUAAACGUUAUGGGACAGGUAAAAAAAUGCAUGAAUAUACAUCAAUAAAUAGCCUAAUAGUUUGUUGAAUAAUUAAAAUAGAGUGUAAAAGGAAAUAUAAAGCUUUAUACUUUUCCUUUAACGUCCAAUCAGCUGGUAAAAAAAGAGAAAAGCUUUUAAUUUUUUUCCUUAACCACCACUCACUGAUAAAAUAAAUUAAAACCUGA